AUGCUUGUGUCUACAAAUAAUACACCAAAAAAUAAAAACAUUUCAAAUAAUGAUGAAUAAAGAACAGUUGAAAGGUUAAGGUUUCUUUUGAAAAAUGCCAUUUAAGUAUACUAAAAAAUUUAAUAAUAAAUCUAGCUAAACGAUGAAUUAGAAAAGAAAAAUGCUAUUUUACAAUAUAGAAUAGAGUAAUAAUAAAAUUAAUCUUAAUAAUCAAUUUAACAAGAAGAUUAUAAACAAUAGCUUGCUAAACUUCAAUAACAACUUUAAGAAGUAUAAUUAGAAAAUUAGCAGCUUUAAUCAAGUUUAAAAAAUAUCAAAUAAAUAGGUAUAAUUUGUGAUAUCAAAGGCAAUCAGAAUCAAUAAAAUAAUCAAAAAAAGUUUUAGUUGAUUCUUUAAGAUUGUGCAAUUUCUUAGAUAGAGAAACAAUUUUAUGAUUAUUUUGAAAAUUCUUCAUCUGUUCUAUAGGAACAAAUUAUUUUGGAAUUUCAAAACAGAUUAGAAAAAUAUUAAACAAAAUAUCAAAUAGUGGAGAUAAAUAAAAUUACAAGUUUAACAAAUUUAGACAAAAUUAAAUGUAUAGAAUCAUAGUAGAGAGAAAUCGAUUUACUUGAAUCAAAAUUAUGUAAUAGUGAGAAAGAACUAAAUGAUUUAAAACGUAUAUAAGAUAUUAGAAUUUUAGGAGUUCUAGAAUCAUAAUAAUAAUAAUAAUCAAUUAAAUAAAGUUAAUAAGAUUAAGUUCAAGAUUUUUUUAAUUCAAAUUAAUUAGAAAUCUUUACUUCUAGACUCAAUAAUAGUCAAGGAAUGGAUGAAUGUUUGAGUACUGAUAAAAGGUGGAUUGAUAUUGAUAAUAAUUAGCUUAAAACAGAUGAGAGAAAAAUACUUCAAUAUGAAAAGAUAAUAGAGAAUUAAAAAGUGGAAAUAGAAAGUCUUAACAAUAAAGUAUCAAAAUUGUAAUAAGUAUGAUUAAAUAAAUACUUUAGAAAAAAAACCAAUUGAAAUUAUAAAACUAAGAACUUUCUACAGUGUUAUAUUAAUAAGCUGAAACAUGUUAAAGAAUCAUAUCUAAUUUGCAAGCAAAAGUUGAGAAAUAAUUAGUUUAGAUACAAUAUUAUUCUUCUCUUUAAUAGAUGAGAUCUAAAUUAAAUUAGGUAAGUACAUUUCUAACAUAUUAAAUAGUAAUCCUCUUAACAUUAUGUAUAGAGUAGUUAAUAAAUAGAUAUAAGGAAAAAGUUCACAUACCAUUCUCCAAAUACAAAUAGUUCUCCUGUUUCCUUAGCUAAAUCUUAACAAAAUACUAGAUCAUAGAAAAAAGUAAUAUUUUAAGAUAUGAAAAUUUAACAGCAAGAUUCUUCUAAUGAUUAGUUUACAUGGAUCAUAAAAACGACGGAUGCAUCAUUAGUUAAAAAAUUAGAUAAAAAAGAUUCUUAAUCAGAAAGUACAAUUGAUUAAGUUCCAAAACCUACAAGAUUAUCAACACAUUUAUAAGAAGUUAAAAAAUCAUUAGAUUAAAUAUAAAAUGGUAUUUGUACAUAAAAUAAUUUGAAAGGAUAUUAUUUUAUACAGAAUAAGCCGAUUUUAACUUUAGAUGAUUUUUGA